ACUCCUGUAGUUUAAAGAGGGGAGACAUUUUCUCGUCAGAAGUGCUUAGUGAAAAGAUAAUAACUUAAUUGCUCAAAUACACUAAAACCCUAGCCUCCACAUCCAAUUCUCUUUCAGCUUCCCUCUGUUUUUUUCAGUUACACUUGCAUCAAAUAAUCCCUGUCUGCUCCGGCCGGUCGCCGCCGUCAACAAUGGGGAAAUCAGAAAAGAAGCCAAGCUCUCAGCCCCAGAAACCAGAAAAAAAGCCAAGCUCUCAGUCACAGAAGAAUUCUGCAGCCGAUGAUGACAUGGAUCCAACGCAAUACUUUGAAAAUAGGCUGAAAGCACUUGCAGCUGAGAAGGAAAAUGGGCAGAACCCUUAUCCACACAAGUUCCAAGGGGAUAACCAUUUGUCUAUCCCUGAAUUUGUCAAGAAAUACGGAGUUUUAGAGAGUGGAGUUCAUUCUGAAGAUGAAGUGUCCUUGGCUGGAAGGAUAAUGAACAAACGUGCCUCUUCUGCAAAGCUGCUUUUCUAUGAUUUACAUGGUGAAGGUGCCAAAGUUCAAGUCAUGACAAGUGCUAGAGAUUCUGUGUUGAAUGAAGAGGACUUUAUUAAAUUUCAUUCUGGUGUGAAGCGUGGAGAUAUUGUUGGAAUUACUGGAUGUCCAGGUAAGAGUAAAAGGGGAGAGCUGAGUAUUUUUCCCAAAUCAUUCGUAGUGUUAUCUCACUGUCUUCAUAUGAUGCCACGGCAGAAAGGUGCACAGACAGAGACAGCUAAGAAUCCUGAAGCAUGGGUCCCCGGAAGUGGCCGCAAUCCAGAUACAUAUGUGUUAAAGGAUCAGGAAACACGAUAUAGACAGCGUUAUUUGGAUUUGAUGCUGAACUUAGAGGUCCGGCACAUAUUUAAGACCCGUGCAAAGAUCAUAACUUUUAUUCGGAGCUUUCUUGAUAAUCGUGACUUCCUAGAGGUAGAGACCCCCAUGAUGAACAUGAUUGCUGGUGGGGCAGCUGCACGUCCAUUUGUGACCCACCACAAUGAUUUGAAUAUGAGGCUUUUCAUGCGUAUUGCUCCUGAACUAUAUCUUAAAGAGCUAGUGGUUGGUGGAUUGGAUCGUGUCUAUGAGAUUGGGAAACAAUUCAGAAACGAGGGAAUUGACUUGACGCACAAUCCUGAAUUCACCACUUGCGAGUUUUAUAUGGCAUAUGCAGAUUACAAUGACUUGAUGGAUCUAACUGAAAAAAUGCUAAGUGGGAUGGUGAAGGAACUUACAGGCGGCUAUAUAAUCAAGUAUCAUGCGAAGGGGCUGGAGAGUGACCCAAUUGAGAUUGACUUCACUCCUCCAUUCAGAAGGAUUGAUAUGGUAGAGGAAUUGGAGAAGAUUGCAAACUUGAAUAUACCCAAGGAUCUAUCAAGUGAUGAAACCAACAAAUAUCUCAUAGAUGCUUGUGCAAAGUUUGAGAUCAGAUGUCCUCCACCUCAAACAACUGCUAGAUUACUUGAUAAACUUGUGGGGCACUUUCUGGAGGAGACAUGUGUUAAUCCUACUUUCAUUAUCAACCAUCCAGAGAUAAUGAGUCCUUUGGCAAAGUGGCACAGAUCGAAACCAGGCCUGACAGAACGUUUUGAACUGUUUAUAAACAAACAUGAACUUUGUAAUGCAUACACUGAGUUGAAUGACCCUGUUGUCCAACGCCAGCGCUUUGCUGAUCAACUCAAGGACCGUCAAUCAGGCGAUGAUGAAGCUAUGGCACUGGAUGAGAACUUUUGCACAGCUCUUGAAUAUGGGUUGCCUCCUACUGGUGGUUGGGGAUUGGGUAUUGACCGACUUGCAAUGUUGUUGACAGAUUCACAAAACAUCAAGGAAGUUCUACUCUUUCCAGCUAUGAAGCCACAGGAUGAGCCUACUUCCAAGGAAAGCAAUAAAAAACCUCAGGAGGAAGCUGCCAAGCCUCAGGAUGAACUUACAAUGCAAGGUAGAUAAAUCUGAUGUGGAAAAGCAGAUUUCCGACCUCACAAUGAAGUGAAGAUCAUAGUUAUAUUGGACAUUGAGUUCCUGCUACUCGUGGAGUAGCAGCUUUUUGUGAUACCUUUUUGACAACUUAAUUUAUGGUAAUUGAUAGUUAUGAUAAAAUGCUAUCCUUAAUUUUUUAUUAUCAGAAACUUCACUCAUAAUCCAAUGAAUAUGGUUGUAUCAGUCACAUACUUUUAGACUACUAAUAUGAUUUUAAUUAAAA